AUGUUGCGACUAGAGGAUGCUAACACCGCAUGGCAGUUGACGAUACAAUUUUCUGUCUUUAUCCUGCUUCUUCACUAUUCUCGAGUCAUGCCGACGCCAGACGGGCACCGUUAUCUUCCCUCCACGGCUGUCUUCCUCGUCGAAGUUCUGAAACUUGUCUUUUGUCUUACCGUGUCCCUUUACGAGAUCUCCCUGUCGGUCCCUCAAACCACGACAGCAACUUCACUCUUGCGAACACUUGCCAACGCCAUAUUUGGAGGCGAUUCUUGGAAGCUUGCAAUUCCGGCAAGCCUGUACACGCUGGCAAACAGUCUACAAUACGUUGGGAUUUCCAACCUCGAUGCGGCCACAUUCCACGUCACAUAUCAAUUCAAAAUCUUUGUUACAGCGGUCUUCAGUGUCAUGAUCCUGCGAAAAUCUCUCUCGGCAAGGCAAUGGGUAUCACUCGUCCUCUUGAUGAUUGGAGUGGGAAUAGUGUCAUGGCCACAAGAAUCCACCACUUCACUGGCCUCGAAUCAUCAUGCUCGAGUCUAUGUGCCGAGGUCUUCGAACCCUUUACGAGAACAUUUCAAGGUUGCAGGACACGGUUCCCACCUCAAUAAGAGAUCCGCUACAUACGAGGGAAUUGAAGAAGACGAGCUUGCUCUUGAUUCGCCAGGCAUGGACGCCUCCGCAGGAUUACUUGCUGUCCUCGGCGUAUGCAUUACUUCGGGCCUUGCUGGCGUUUAUUUUGAAAAGGUCAUGAAGGAGUCUCCCAAGGCCACCUCCAUCUGGAUUCGUAAUGUCCAGCUGUCUGUCUACUCUCUUUUCCCCGCUUUCUUCAUCGGCAUCAUUUUCCUGGAUGGCGAAACUGUCGCCAAAUAUGGAUUCUUCGUCGGCUACAAUUCGGUUGUUGUAGCGUCUAUCCUCAUACAAACAAUCGGCGCCGUCCUGGCGGCUUUUGCGAUCUUUUACGCCGACAACAUUGCCAAAAAUUUCGCUUUGAGCAUUAGCAUGGUUCUCAGUAGUUUAGCGAGUUUUGUCUUCUUUGAUAACUCCUUGACAAGCCACUUUCUAUUAGGGGCAUCCAUCGUCCUCGUCUCUACCAUCUUAUAUAAUACGGAGGAAGCUCGCCUCCACUCCUCUCCGCCGCCGUCAAUCAAGAUAUACAGCGAUGAGAAGUCAGAACAGGGUGAUACGCUGGACAUGAAUGAUAUGUCCAUCCAGAUACCAAAAACACCCCUCAGCCAGGAGGAGACUGCGAUGGCGACAUCACGUCCGGGUUCUCCUAAUCGGAAGAAGCCAAGGAACGGAAAACCUGGGCUCAUGAAUUCUACGAGGCAUACACAGGCCACUUGUCAACCCCCUUCCUCUGGUGCCAGUGGCCGCAAUCCUGCUCCAGACUCACUGCUUCAGGCACUUACGAGGAGCACUGGUCCUGUCUUGGCUUCUCAUGACGACCUCGACGACUUUGGUGAGGACAAGAUAUGCUGUGUAGAACCAGACUUACCUUUGACAGAUUUGCACCUUUUAGAAGGAAUCAGUGAUGUUCCGCCGAAUCAUCGCAGCUCGGAUUUCUCAGGCGCUCACAUAUCAUGGCCGUUGCAUACCCCAAAAAUGAACACAGGCAGUGCUGGACCAGCCAGCAUGUCUUCUGAGGUCAAACGGUGCCCCGUGAACAUACAUAACCGACACGACCGCGCUCCUGCGCUUCACCCUUUGAGCUCUCCAACCGUUCCUGUUCUGACCAGUCCAACAAUGCGCAUGUUGCAACAUCGUCAACACAUAAAGUUCGCGAAGGCGGAGAGCACGAAUUAUUUGUUAGAGCAGUCCUUUGCUGGCGAUGAUCUAAUUCACAAGGUGACCUCUUCUGAUCAGUUCUCGUCGACACCUAUCAUUCAGGGGAUACAGCUGAUUGCUACGACAACUCUGCCUGAUCGACUACGCUCGGUCUUCAAGUUUGAGUGGUUCAAUGCAGUUCAAUCAAAAUGUUUCGCAAGUGCUUUCGGUACUGAUGAUAACCUAGUGGUAUCCUCUCCUACCGGCAGUGGGAAGACUGUCCUCAUGGAGCUUGCGAUAUGCAGGCUAAUUGCAGCGUCUGCCGGGAGCGAUUUCAAGGUUGUCUACCAAGCUCCAACAAAAGCCCUUUGCUCUGAAAGAUAUCGCGACUGGCAGUCCAAAUUUGGCCAUCUCAACUUGCACUGUACUGAAUUGACGGGUGACACCGAUUCUAAGCAUUUGAACAACGUGCAGAGUGCAAACAUCAUCAUCACCACUCCCGAAAAAUGGGACAGUGUGACCCGCAAAUGGAAAGACCACGCCAGACUGAUCCAAUUAGUGAAACUGUUCCUCGUGGAUGAAGUACACAUUCUCAAAGAAAACCGUGGCGCCACCCUAGAGGCGGUCGUGUCUCGAAUGAAGUCGAUCGGUGCCAAAAUCAGAUUCGUGGCGCUCUCUGCUACAGUUCCGAACUCCGAAGACAUCGCCACAUGGCUUGGGCGAAAUUCAACUUUACAACACAUCCCAGCGCUGAGGGAGGUUUUCGGUGAAAGCUUCCGGCCGGUCCAGUUGAAGAAAUAUGUCUAUGGGUUCGAAGCGAGAGGGAAUGACUUCGCAUUUGAGUCAAUGCUCACACAGCAGAUCUCAAAGGCAUUCACAUCUGCUGCAGGUGUAGCAUUUCACCAUGGAGGCCUGGCGCAGGCUGACCGCCGAGCUGUCGAGCAAGCUUUCCUAGACGGUCAGAUUAGCGUCAUCUGCAGCACCUCCACACUCGCCGUCGGUGUUAAUCUUCCCUGCUAUCUAGUCAUCCUCAAGGGAACAACAACCUGGACUGACAAUGGUGUCCAAGAAUAUGCUGAUCUAGAAGUGAUGCAAAUGCUUGGAAGAGCCGGCCGACCGCAAUUCGGAACUUCUGCUUGUGCAGUCAUAUUGACAAGAAAGGGAAAAGUUCAAAAAUAUGAGAAAAUGGUGUCAGGAGAAGGCAUUCUUGAGAGUUGUCUGCACCAGAACCUGAUCGAACAUCUCAACGCCGAGAUUGGGCUCGGGACUGUGUAUGACUUGUCCACAGCAAAGGCGUGGCUUGCGAGCACAUUUUUGUACGUCCGCAUGAAGAAAAACCCUUCCCAUUAUCGUUUCAAAGAGGGAGUCGACACAGAUCUCGAGGAUGAUCUGUUGGGACAGCUGGAACAGUUGUGCGGCAAAGAUAUUGCAUUACUCAAGAAUGCCGGCCUCGUUAACGAACAGGCUCAACUUAUAUCAACUGAAUACGGACAGACCAUGGCACGAUACUAUAUAAAUUUUGACACAAUGAAGUCGUUCAUUGCCCUGCCUCCCAAGGCUAAGAUGUCUGAAAUUUUGUCGACCUUAGCUCAAGCCCGGGAAUUUCGUGAGGUUCGCAUGAUGGCAGGAGAAAAGUCGUUUUAUAAAGAGAUCAACAAAGCACCCGAGAUCAAGUUCCCUGUCAAGGUGGAUGUGGCACUCCAGGCUCAUAAGGUGUCACUGUUGAUUCAGGCAGAACUGGGCAACGUCUUGAUUCCGGACAACGACAAUUUCAGAAAGCACCAUCAGCAGCACCGGAUUGACAAAUCGAUAGUUUUCAGCCAUGCGAAUCGCCUCACCCGAUGCAUCAUUGAUUGUCAGAUUCAUUUGAAAGACUCGGUAUCCACGAGAAAUGCUCUUGAACUGGGCCGGAGCCUUGCCGCCCACGUUUGGGACAACACCGCGAGCCAAUUGAGACAACUGGAAGGCCUUGGGGAAGUUUCCGUGCGCAAACUUGCUUCGGCUUCCAUCAACAGCGUCGACACUCUACUCAAUACGGAGCCCUCUCGUAUUGAGCUCGUUCUAGGGAAGAAUCCUCCGUUCGGUCGCGACCUUCUCAAGAAGCUCGAAAGCUUCCCGAACUUACGAGUGUGCAUUAAGGAGACAGGUAGAGAUUUGAAGCGUGGCUCUGGUGGAACAAUCAAAUUUGUUGCCGAGAUAGGCUUUCUCAAUGACACUCCACCACUGGUGUACAAAAAAAAAGAUGUCCAUAUCUGUUUACUAGUGGAGACCUCGGAUGGCACACUGAUAGAUUUCCGAAGAUUCGGCGCAAAGAAUUUGCGUGAAGGACAGGAGGUGUUCUUAUCAGCAGUGCUGACCAGGCCUACGAGCAGUAUCAAUUGCUAUGUGAUGUGCGAUGAAAUUGCAGGAACGGUCAAGUACGCUGAAUUGCGACUGAUGGGCAUACCUAAUUCGAUUUUUCCCUGGCAACAAAGAUCUUUGUCUGGAAUCGCCAACAAUGCCAUGGAACAAACCAAGGAGAGACAGAACGAAGAGUUUGACGACGGUGGCAUCGAUGAUCACGAUCUUCUUGCUAUAGAAACGAAGGAGCAUGAGAUUGCAGGUGUGAAGGACAUUGACGAAAUACUCCGAGAAGAAGUCGACAACAGCAGCAGGUCCAAUGGGGCACAAGGCCCUUUGGAAUUUGCGCACAGAUUGAGCUAUGAAGAUGAGAAUCGUGGCAACACGUCAUCCUACAGAAAGCCAGUCCAGCUUCCUAACGGACGGUGGACAUGUCAGCAUGACUGUAACCAGCAUCACAGGGACUGCAAACAUAAGUGCUGCAAAGAAGGAGUGGAAAAACCUAAGCGUCGCCCAAAGGCUUCAGAAAAAAGGCAGAUGAAGAUUACGGGUUUGCAGCAUAUCAAACGAGAAUCUGAACCUGACAGGACUCGUGGAAGUCCUCUCGAGCAGAUUUGCGAUCCCAAGACAAAGGCCAAUCCCAACAUCGGAGGCAACAGCUCAAUACAGGUCAAUGAACAUAUCAACAAGAAAUUGAAACUGUCGGCACAAGAUCAGGGUGAUCGACCCCUGAGAGAAAUUGACAGGAUCCGAAGCCAGCCUAACAGUGGCCAUUUUCACGCAAUAGAGACAUCGAAUGGUCUGCAACAAGGGCUUGAUGACCUCGACGAUGAUUUAAUAUUCUCAGACGGCCUCCCUGAUAUUUUCCCGAUUGAGAGCGCUGUCAAGGGAACAGGUCCUCAUGAUCGGAACAUCACUAAUACAGUCCCAGAGAUAAAACCCCCGAGCUGUGGUCAGGAUGAUCUUCCAGGCAUCCUAGACUCCGAGGUCGGCUUUUGUGGUUUUGAGCCCUCACUCCGGAAUGCUGCUACAAGUGAUGCUUAUGGUCCUAGUGGAGCCGUCUUCAUCACCGGUUUCAGUGGCAGUCCCGUCGAACGAUUGGCAUGCAGCGACGUUAGUGUGGCACCAGAUGAUGAGCUAUUUGCGCCGUUCCAAGAAACAACAAGUCCCCGGACAGGAAGGGAAAGAUCACCAUUGCCGGAGUCUGGUGGAUUGAGCGUAGCUCCUCCACUGGAAAACUUGGAUCAAACUUCGAGGGACAUGUCGGACGAGGAAGCUAGCUACCUUCGCGAUCAAAUACUGGAGCAAACACAGAGUAGCGUGUAUGAGGAGGAGGAGAAAAAGAAAUGGGAAGGCAUCGACCAAUGGCUGUACGAUGAGUUUCAUGCAUAUGUCGAGAUUGUUGAGUAA